AUGUCGUUUCUAGAGCCCAAAGGUUUGGAAUUGAAUCAACGCCAUAUCAAUACAUCAAACUCUGGCAUAUUUUAUGCAAACAAUUACGUUGUGUAUCGGCAUAUUGUAGCAUUACUCGACAUUGCCUUCAAAAAAGAUACUUUUUUUAAAGAUUUAUUAUAUCUCGAUGGGUUGAGAGACAGUGUAGGAACAGUCAUCGUCACCAAUGCUAAAAGACAAUUAGUACUGAUUCCAAAAUCAAAUAUUUCUGGCAUGCGUUCCAAUCCUUCCUGCUUGCUGGAAAUAUUGGAAAAUGUUCGAAUCCCUGAUGUCGGAAAGAUCCACAAUUUGUUGACUUGCAAAAGUUAUAUACCAACGCGACUCGAAAUAUUCACUCUAUUGCAAGUUUCAUGCAAAAAAACAACAACUUACGUCCAAGUAGAUUCUAAAGACCUGCAACAGACCCCCAAUCAUCCAUAUCGUAAACAUAUGUUGAUAGUUCGUUUACUGAAGACGAAGUAUAGAACAUUUAUGGUUUCUGAAAUCGAAAUGUCUCCCUCAGUAGGAUUGCUCGAGUCCAAAAAUGCCUCGCACUUAGCUUUGAUAUAUUUUAAUUUCGUUAAUGUCAGGGUUCUACUCAGCCUGCAUUAUACAUGGCACAAUGAUCCAAAUCGAAUGAUUGAAUUAUUUAGUAUCCUUGACUUGCCUAUUCUUAAUCAGAAAAUUUGA